GUUUUACUGAUUGCACGACAUUUCCUUUUUACCUAAUUCUCGUCUUCGUCGGAAUCAUGAUUUCACUUGGAAUAUAACGGGCCUUCUUUCACAUAGUUGUACAUGGAAGCAGAUGAUCCUUACGGUUUGGCGUUCGGAUUCUUCCGAUUACAUUCCACGUAACACACUCGCCACAUACUCCCUCAUGCCGCCGUGUAGCGUAGGAUCCUCCGCCGACAUCAACCACAGCCGUAACCUACCGCAGCAUGAUAACACGAAGUGUGCUUAUUGCAUUCCCUUAUCCUUACACAGAAAUGGUAACGAUGCCCAGUUUCAACGCGUGCAGCAGCCUUACCCAGCGUCUACAGUAACACUAAGGCCACGGUUGUCCACAGACAAGUGCCUUAAAGGCAUACACUCUGCUUCAGCCCACGUAACCUACUCGCCACAUCCUCCCCCAUGUCGUCUUGUUGUGUAGCGUCCUCCGACGGCAUCGCCACAAGCAGUAACGUCUGUCAUCACGAUAACACGUAAGUGUGUUUCUUUCAUUCACU